AUGCUAGACAAGACAGGUAUUACUGUGUCUACCCCUCUCAGCUGUACCCUGAGCAUUUGCGACGCUUGCUUCAAGUCGUUGUCCCGUGCCAAAGUGCCCCGCUUCGCAUUGGCCAACAAGCUCUAUCGAGGCCGUUUACCACCGCAAUUCCGUGAUCUCACUUGGGUUGAGGAAAUGGUAUGCGCUGUUUAUAGGAGCACGGCACACGUCACGCGCCUCUAUCAGUCCAGCGACCCUGCCCAACCGUUUGUAUUUCACGGCAACACUUGUGCGCAUGAAACUAACUUAGUGUCCACAGCCAAGAUCCUCCCUCGUACACCGGCGGAUAUAAAUGGGAUGCUGACCGUUGUGUUUGUAGGGCCUGGGAAGCUGACCCCGCAUUCCCUCAAGACGUUGUUUCGCAUUCGGAAGCAAUUGGUAUGGUCGUUUCUGCGCUGGCUAACCCAUCAUAACCGUUUGUACGAACACGUCGUUUUGGAUGAGGGUAUCAUGGACCUUUAUCCAGAGGACGGCUCAGUUCCAGGGGUUGCAGAUCGCGUAAUAUACGACAACGAG